CUUCAAAUUUUGAAUUCAGGUGUAAAUUUGGGUUUUAUAUCUAGAUUUCCUAUUCGUUCAAGAGAGCGUAUUAGGUAGUAGGUAGGCUACACCCUAUUAGAAUCAUGGCAGCGAUUGAACCACAAAUGGAAAAUAAACUUGAGGUUGAAGAUGAUGAUGAUAGCGAUAUGGAAAUGGGUGAUUGCAGUGGGGGAUUAUUUGACUUCGACUCUGAUGAUGACAGUGGCCAGGGUUCAUCUGAAGAUAAUGCUCCUGUGAAUGAAGCAAGUGAGAAAAAUGAAGAGGAAGAUCACGAUCACGAAUCAUUGGCAGACAAUUUAAGAUCAAUUGUCUUCAAAUCGAUGACUAAUCAGGAGGGAAAUUCUGAGUUAGAGGAUCAAGAUGAGAAGGAAGAGGGAGAUCUACCAAAAGGACAUCGAAAGUCUUUUCCAGUUAUUUCACAAAAGAUGGCGUCACCGGCUCGCAAAUUGUCACAGCCUAACAUGCGUGGAAAACGCAUGUGGAAGUUGUCUGCAUCACAUGCAAGGGCUACUGCAAGAGAUUUGUGGUCUGCGAUAAACAACCUUCCAGUUGAAAAAGUGCAUAGAUAUAGGUACAGUCCAAGGAAAGGAAUUUGGACAGAAGAUGACAUUGAAAUAAAGAUGGAAGAAGACUCAUUCAACCAUGGAGCCAUGAGAGAAUGCUUCAGAUCGAAGAAAAUGUCUAGUCUUUCUGUAAAAAAAGAUUGGGCGGGUGCAACAAACUGUGUUGCAAAAAAAUAUAUGGAAGAUGUCGAAAGAAAAAUUUACUACGAAGACGUCAGAUUGCAAAUGGAUGCUAAACUUUGGGGAGAAGAAUUCAAUAAGCACAACCCGCCGAAGAAGGUUGAUAUCAUGCAGAUGUGUGUAAUAGAAUUUGUUGACAGACCAGGAUCACCACUCUACCAUCUUGAAUCGUAUAUUGAAGGAGAUUAUGUUAAGUACAAUUCCAAUUCUGGUUUUGUCUUUGAUGAGGACAUAAGGGCAACUCCACAGGCUUUCAGCCACUUCACAUUCGAAUGCUCCCAACACAGACUUAUUGUUGUUGAUAUUCAAGGAGUUGGAGAUUUAUACACAGAUCCACAAAUUCAUACGUAUAAAGGUACAGAAUAUGGUGACGGCAACCUAGGUACAAAGGGAAUGGGAUUGUUUUUCUUCUCUCACACAUGCAACAAAAUAUGUACAAGUCUCAAUUUGUCACCUUUUGAUUUGUCAUUUCAAGAACAUAAGAAUGACAAAAGAGGUUCUAUCUUUCUGAGAAGAGGAACCAUGCCAACCGGAUAUGAAGAACCUCUUUCUCCAUUAGUUAAGGAUUCAUCAGAUUUAUUUGCUGUUCUCGAGGAAUCAUCAAGCUAUCUUCCUCCAAGAUCAUCAGAAGAAGGUGUGAUUUCAGGAAAUGACGAUCUCUACAUCCUGCAAGAGGAAGAAGAAGAAUGUGAUGAUGGAGAAGAAUUAAGGGAAGGAAGAAAACGACUUUAUACUAAUCAGGAAUCCAUUGAUAGUGCUUUCGGGGGAAGUUCUGUUGCUCAAAGCAUCAGUGAAGCAGAUGAGGACGAUUCAUCAAUUUCCAGUGGAUAUAAUUCCAGAAAUGGUUCAGCAAGACGUCGACAUAGAACUAUCAGUGAACUCUCUGAUCAUUCGGAAUAUCACGAUUUCUUGAAUGCAGUUGGCUCACCACCACCACCAGUAGCUGAAGAUAUUCUUGCACCUCUACCUAGUUUCCGAAAUCAGAAAAGCAAUCAACACCUGUUGCCUGGUGCCAACAUGAUAGGAAUGAGAAGACCAUCGUGUGUCUUAGCAGAAGUGUCGAAAAUGCUACAUGUUUCUCCCAAAGUGCAAAUUGGGAAGUCUGUGCUUGGAAAGAUUCAUUAUGAUAUGGUGGUAUACUAUGAUUUGGGACGAUUCCCAUUUGAUGAGGAUUCAGCUAUCUUUCAUUUGGAAACAGCCGCUGAAUGUGGAUCAUUGGAUGGAAUUUUGGUACUUGCUAAAAUGUAUCUCGGAAUGCCACAUGACAUUCUCGCUAAUGUAGAAUUAGAGCAAUGUGAAGAGAAUACUAGAAAAGGAUUUGACUUGAUGGAAAGAGCUGCUGAUGCAGGAGAUCAUAAUUCGAUAUAUAUUAUCGCACAAGCAUAUCAUUCUGGCGCUGGUUUGCCAGCUGAACUAGAAAAAGAUUUUUCAUCAGCUUUGCACUGGUAUGAUAAAUUACUAAAAGCUUCUGAAGAGAAUGAUGCAGAAGGUGGAUAUGAUGCUGUAACAACUCGUAUUGCACCUAAAUAUCAAGUAAAAGCUGCUCAGGCUGAAAUCUAUUUACAUGGUGGACAUGGAGUACAAGCUGAUCCCAAUAAAGCAGGUGAAUUGUAUAAUGAAGCUGCAGAAGAAGCAACAACUGCAAUGAAAGGACGACUUGCAAGUAAAUAUUUUAUGUUAGCCGAAGAAGCUUGGGCACAAGUAGAAGAAGAAGAAGAAUAAAACGUCAACAAAUAUUAGCUCCUAAUUUUUGCCUCAAUUUUUCCCAUUUUUUUCUUCUCUUAGUGGGUUUAUAUCGAACUCUCAUCAUAUCAUUAGACGAUUUUCAACUCUACUGGUGGGUGGAAAGGUUAUGAACAUUGGCUGCUGAAUGUAUAAUUUCCUUCUUGUAUUGGAUUUUGGGGGAAAACUGAAUGUGCUGCCAAUUCUGACUUGUUAAUAGCUGUGAUAGUUUUAACCAUUAUCAAUCUUGAAUGAGCUCUGAACAAUGUAAUAGUAUGCAAUCAUAUUGAAACGACAAGCGAAAAUGUAGUCUAACUGAAUUUCUUCAUAAGAUUGAAAUAUAGCAUUUCCAACUUCAAUGCAUUUUGUGUUAUAAUGAGACGGCAAAGAGAACACUUCUAAAAUUAAUCCUAUCAGUCUGCAGGUAUGACGUUAAAUCAUUGUUUUCUACGUUUUGAUGUAAAGACACUAGGGUGUCACGAUUCUUUUAAAUGAAAUCGAGGAUGUUGAAAUAAUUAGGUUGAUAUGUUACUGCGGUCUGUUGGCCAGUCAACAACUGCAUUCAAACUAGGAAAUUAUUUACCAGUCACGCAUAUCUACCUUUUUUUUAAAUUUGUUUUCAUAACUGGAUCAUAGCAACCUGUACAUAGCACCAUAUUCAUCUUUCAAUUUACUUUUUUUAUUUUCAUUAUGUUCUUUUUAAUGUGUUUUUGUCUGUAUUUGUAUUGUGAAACCUAUAAUUGAUCUAAAUCUAGACUCUAAACAAACACGGAUUUUAUGUAGCUGGUAUUCUUAUGGGUUACGGGUGCUUGGUUUUUUUCUAAUUUUGAGAAAGAAAUAUGGAUCCGAUUUUGAAUAUUGUAUUUCGAGAUUAAGAUUCUAAUCGGAAUUUUAAUGUAAUAAUUUUAAAUUUGGUGCUUUCUUUUUUUGGUUUCCAAAGAUUGGCAAAGAACUGCUUGGUGUUUAACACAAUAGUCUGAUAUUACAUUCUAAAUGAACCAGGUUUUCACAGUUACAUGCUUUAUAUUUUGGCACAGAAUAAUCUCAAAAUGCUUAUUCCUACAAUUAAUAUUGGUAUGUAAAAACGUAAGCUUAUCGUAAUAAUCUUCCAGUACUGCUUUUUCAGUUCAAACUGUUUUUCAAACUGUUUUAGAUAGAGGUGUCUAGAAAGCUGAAAAGUUUUCUUGGCUAAGUAAGUACAUUUUUAAACUGCCCUAAGUAUUGUGUUAGUUGAUAGUGUUACUGCACCAAUAAGACUUUACCUCUGAGUACACAAUUACUUAAUGUUGUAGAAAUAAUUUUUUAUUUUAAUUUAAUGGGAUAGGUAUAUGGGUUAGAAUUAUGGGUGAUACCUUUUUGAUAUAAAUUUUGUGGUGCUCAACAAAUGGCCCAUCAUGAUUUUAAGUUCAUGUCCUGUAUGGGAACAGGCCAUUAUUGUAAUUUCCAGUUAAUACUUGCUGUAUAUUACUAAGAUGGCAAUUAGUAGAAUAAAUUAUUUCUUACAUUCGGUAACAACAGUAUAAUUUCAAUUCUACAAACUUCUGUCUCGUCUGAUAUAUAAGUCUAUGUCUAAAUUUCUCUGGUAUAUAGUUUUCCUUGAAGAGAAAUUCGGCCUGCAUUCUAUCUGGAAAUAUUGAUGUUUGAAUAUGUUCGUCGUUAUAUAUUGUUAUAUGUUUGUUAGCGUUAGGUAGUAUAAACCUAUUAUAGCAUUGGCUUGUAAUAUAAUGCUAUGGCUAUUCUUCAUGUUAUGUGUUGUAAAUUUCAUGGCAUGGUUGUGAGGUAAUAAUCUCUGUCCAAAAUUUCUUGUUAUGUUUAGUUAUGCAUUUGCUUAUUAUCAAGGUGUUUUAGCGGCGUGGGUCGUAGAAUUUUGUAAAUAUUGCAAUAUUUUUCCGUAGUCACUGAUCAAGGGCGAUGUUAUAUUUAGUAGCAGAUCAUUAAUAAUUUCAUGUCUCACUCAGUGCCUUUGAUCUAUUAUAAAAUGUAUAGCGCUACAGAAGCGCGGAGUAACCUUUGCAAAUAAAAUAUGUUUUGCAGUGCAA